AUGGCAGCGCCCGAAGGAGCAAGCCGUGUCGCCAAAAAGCGGAUAAAUUGGCCUGUCGCGACAACCGAGGCCCUAAUAAGGAUCUGGGAGGAGAACCUGCCCGCGCUGCGGUCCAACACACGGAAUGCGGCUAUCUACGCCGCAAUGGCAGCGCAGCUCAACGCCGGGCUUCGAAGUGGCGAAGAGCCGUACACGGGGAAACAAGUCCGCCAAAAGCUUGAAAACCUCAACAAACAAUACCGGAAGCUGAGGCAAACCUGCACCGGAACAGGAUCGAAAGGUGUUGAGUGGGCCUUCUACUGGCCACUCCACAACUUCCUGGGGUCCCUGCCCAUUAAUAACGAGUUCCUGGCAGAGGAGAAUGUCGAGGUGCCACUAGUUGACGAGGCGGAAGACGCUGCCGAGGUGCUCGCCUCCUGGGACCAAGGCGACGAUGACACGCCGUAUGAGGACAGCGCCACACAGGGCAGUGGCAGUGAAGUCGUGUUGCCUCACAACCCAGGCUCGCAAAGCGUGAGCCUGACAGAUACUGCGAGCUGUAGCAGCAGCCCCCCGACCGCGAGUGGCAGCAGUGGCGGCAGCAGUACCAGUAGCAUCGGGCAAAGCAAAAGCCGCAAGCGGCCAGCGGCUUCACUUAUGCAGCAGCUUUUGACAAUGCACCAAGAGGAGACGGAACGGGCCGCAAAAAUGGAAAAAAAAAGACUGAAAAGGCAGAAAGAAUUGCUUCAACUGCAAAAGGAGUCAAAUGAUAUGCAAGCGAGCAUGCUCCGCAUGAUGGAAUCUUACUUCGCAUCCAAAAAGAAUAAAGAGUAA